UUUGUAUAAUCGUUCCAAACAGCCCUCAGCGGAAAUACAAAUGUGGAGUGUGUGCGGUUGUAUUUCCCGGUCGUAACGUGAGACACCAACACUGGUUAUCCCAUCAAUCGCCAGAGGAACGGUCCAGCAUUGACGAUUUGCAGUGUGCGAUGUGCGGUUAUGACGGAGAGGAUUUUGAUGAUUUAAUGCAGCACGUUCUUACGCAUGCGAUUUCACCAAGUUCGGAACCGUUGAAGAAGCCUGAUUCCAAGCCUCGGAAAAGGCGCCGAUUGGGGCCAGUUCAGCGCAUGGUGUGUAUAUUCUGUAAAGAGCGCUUCCAGAAAAGAGCUGCCUAUCAUGCCCAUUUGCCGACACAUUGCGGCGCGGAUGGGUGUUAUCAGUGUCCUGAAUGCGAGCGUAAGUAUCCACUUUUGACGAAACUGCGGGUACACAUUGAUUCCACACAUCGAAACAUAUACCCCGUUACCUGUAAAGAAUGUGGGAAAGUGUGUGGAUCGCCGAGGAAGUUGCGCUCCCAUAUGUGGGUACAUUCCAACAAUUACCGCUAUUCGUGUGAUCAUUGUGGAAAAAAGUUCAAACAAUUGGCGGAAACGCGCAACCAUAUUGAUGAGUUGCACUUGGGCAUUAAAAAGAAAAAGACCAACAAACGAAAAGGGAAAGCAUACGAACCAGCGAAGUAUAACGACUGCCCUUAUAAGUGCGAGACGUGUUUGUGCGGUUACAUAGAACGAGGAAGAUGGGUGCAGCAUGUUCGCAAUAAACAUCCGGAGAUUGACAUCACGACUCUUCCACCUUGACGUUAUUGUUGUGCUUUCGCAUUUGUCUCAUGAUCUCUGGUAUGUACUGAAGACACUCUUUACUGGAACUGGUAGCGGUGGUUCUGAAAAAGACUUUUUAAAUGUCGAUGUUCGCUACAUGGCCGAUGUGUUUUGUUAUUCUGCAGUGUACUUUUGCUUUAUUUCUAAAAAUACAUAACUGUGGCACUGGAAAGUGUUGCAGGAAAUUAGAAAUACUUUGUUGCAGGAAGUGUUGCAGGGAAUUUAGAAAUACCUUUGUUGCCGGAUUUAAAGAAAAUUCAUGCAGACA